ACUCCCCUCAUCCCUCUCUACAGUGCGAUCUGCCCCCCUCGGCUGGAGGCUCAGGUUUAUCUGGAAUCAAGGUGAAAGCCAUUCAGGAGCCGCGAGCUAUAAGGUGGAGGAGCGGUCCGUGACGAAGCCGGGGGGAGAGCGUGCGAUAAGGACUGGGAACGGGGUUCGACUUUUUCUGCGUCAAUUCUGAUUUGAGGGGCGAGCGGGAAGCCAUGUCUAUAUUCUCAGCUCUCGGGCUGCUCUUGCUGUGCCAGCUUUUGGCAUCAUCUCCAGCCCAGAGACCCGGCCCACGAGGAGCAGUCGGGCCGCCAGGACCCCUGGGACCCGCAGGGAAGGAUGGUACUGACGGCAAAGAUGGCCCUGCUGGACUUUCAGGGAAAGCUGGACCCAAGGGGAAAGCAGGGGGAGCAGGAGGACCAGGGAACCCAGGCCUGCCCGGCCUCCCAGGGGUGGACGGAUUGACAGGUGCUGAUGGGCCUGCAGGGAAGGACGGUCCUCCAGGGGAGUUGGGCGAAGCUGGACCUCCCGGGCCAGGUGGACCUCCUGGCAGAGGGAGACCGGGAGCUCCAGGGCCACCAGGAGCCAAUGGGCUUGCGGGCGGAAUCGGGCCACAAGGACCAGCAGGCCCUGAGGGUCUUGCAGGAUUGGCUGGGCCACCCGGCCCUGACGGACCCCCAGGUCUUCCUGGGGCUCUCCCUGAUGGCAGUGGAGAUCUGUUGUGUCCUGCCAUCUGCCCUCCUGGCCCCUCCGGCCCUCCAGGAAUGCCUGGAUUCAAGGGUCACACAGGACACAAAGGAGACAAGGGAGAGCUCGGGAAAGACGGAGAGAAGGGUUAUGCUGGCCCAUCUGGUCCUCCGGGUAUUCCCGGCACUGUGGGCCUGCAGGGUCCUCGUGGUUUGAGGGGACUUCAGGGCCCGAUGGGUGCAGUAGGAGACAGGGGUUUACCUGGUUUCCGAGGCAAACCUGGUAUUGCUGGCAUCAUCGGCAAGACAGGUGAUGUUGGAGAGAAAGGACCAGAGGGAUUUAGAGGGCCAAAGGGCGAGAUUGGCAAAAUUGGUCCAAAGGGAGUUCCCGGGGGAGCAGGACCAAAAGGGGAGCCUGGCAUCCCUGGCAGAGACGGGAAAGAUGGCACCCAGGGACUGGACGGCGAGAAGGGCGACGCCGGACGGAAUGGGGUACCCGGUGAGAAAGGACCCAACGGCCUUCCUGGUUUACAAGGAAAGGCUGGCGCAAAGGGAGCCACAGGAGGAGUUGGCGACCCAGGAGAGAUGGGAGAGGCAGGGCCGUCUGGAGAGCCAGGUAUUCCUGGUGACAUCGGCAUCCCAGGAGAGAGGGGCGAGGCGGGAACCAGAGGAGUGGCUGGGGGCAUCGGACCAGUGGGCAACAUCGGGGUUCGGGGCAGCAAAGGCUUCCAGGGAAUAAAGGGGUCUCUGGGGGACCCUGGCCUUCCCGGACCAACCGGAAUCCGCGGCGGAUUUGGUGAGAGGGGUCCAGUCGGAGCAUCAGGCCCUAAAGGAGACGUGGGUGUGGCAGGAGCUGAUGGUUUGCCCGGGGAGAAUGGAGAACCUGGUCCAUUCGGUCCAGUUGGCCAAAAAGGAGAGUCUGGGAAGCGUGGAGAGCUGGGACCCAAGGGCGUGGUGGGACCACAGGGAGAGCUCGGAGCCAGAGGGGUUCCUGGGAAACCAGGCCUCAUGGGCUUUCAGGGUGAACAGGGUCUGUCCGGAAUCGCUGGCAAGAUCGGUGUUCCCGGUAAACUGGCAAGUGAACAGCACAUCAGAGAAUUGUGUGGAUCUAUGAUUGAUGAUCAGAUUGCAAAGCUGGCUUCCAACCUCAGAAGACCCCUGUCCCCUGGCCAAGUGGGUCGCCCCGGCAUUGCCGGACCUCCGGGGAAGCCAGGCGAGACUGGGUCUAUCGGUCACCCCGGCUCCCGUGGAUCUCCUGGCUACAGAGGACUGCCUGGAGACCUGGGAGACCCCGGUCCCAGAGGUGAUCUUGGUGAACAGGGUGACAAGGGACCCAUUGGAAAAGCCAUCGAAGGGCCCGUUGGAGACCAAGGAUACCAAGGUAUCCCAGGAUUAUUUGGAAUUGUCAAAGACGGGCGUGACGGAUCCCCAGGAGAUCCAGGAGAACCCGGAGAGGCAGGUAGGACAGGAAGGACCGGGCACUCGGGCUCCCCAGGAAUCUGCGACACUACCGCCUGCCAGGGGGCAAAUGUCCAUGCGAAAACCUCCAAUCCCAAGAACCAUUAAACAUUACUUCCCUCAUCCCGGAACUAGCCACCCCUGGGAGGAGAAAAGAUGAGGAAGAGAUGGAGGAGAGGAGAGAGACGAGUCACAUAAUGUCCUCUUUAAAUGUAUUUAAAACAAGACGGGAACAGUAGCAACAGAUUUAUUUUGAGGAAGAGAAGAACAUCCCAAGAGUGUUAAAAGAAGGAAAACAGCAGUUUGGGAAAACAAAGAAACAAACUGAGACUAAAAAUCUAGACUCCACCCAUUCAUGAAGUGGACAAAGCUGAGUAAACAUUUCACAAGAGAGUUAGAAAACACCAGCAUUGCUCCAAAUACCAUCAAAAGUGAUUUUUUUUUUUUAAAUUAACAACUGAAAACAACUUUACUGGAAAAGUGCUUAUAGGCCAUUAUUUUUCAAAAUCAUUUGUGUGUAAAAGUAUGUACUUAUGUUCUUUCACUCCCUAAACAUCUUGCGUCACAUACCCCUCUAUGGAAGAUAACUCUCCAAAACACUACAACCGUGAUUGUCCUUGCAGUGAAUGUGUAUGUGUCAAGGUCCUUUCUGCAUAGACCUCGGGUGUUACCUCACAAGACAAGCUUAUGAUAUUGUAAAAUAGGAAGAUAUGUGCCCGUGAGCAAAGUGAAGUCUGCCAAGGAGCUUUGUGUGUAUCGCAAACAGGCAAUGAAGAAACCUAAGCGCCCAGAUAUUUUGUAUAUUGAUGCAACCACAGUAUUUUCCAACUCUUGAUAGAUUCGUUUUUUUUUAUCAGUUUGUAAAGUUUUUUUUUGUCAAUUUCCUUUUUUGUCUUUCGUUUCACUUUUCACGAUUACACGUUUGAUUUUAAAAUCUCCCCUUCCAAUAUGUUUUGAAAAUAAAUACAGUUGUGGAUGCAUCAGAAAUUGUAAUUGUAGAAUAACACAAUUUGUGUUCUUUAUCUUUUUAAUUUUGCAAUGACCACAUCCACUAUAUACCGGUGCUGUAUCUAUUAAAUAUACAUGACUUUAAAUACUAUUUAUUAUUUGUCGGUGACUGUUGUAUGUACAGUAAGAUGCUACAGCACCAUGUAAGAAAUAACAAAUAAAGCCACUUUUCAGUAAAACAUUACUCUUUUCUACAUACAGUGCCUUGCAAAAGUAUUCACCCCCCUUGGCAUUUUUCCUAUUUUGUUGCAUUACAACCUGUAACUUAAAUUAAUUUUUAUUUGGAUUUCAUGUAAUGGACGUACACAAAAUAGUCCAAAUUGGUGAAGUGAAAUAAAUAACUUGUUUAAAAAAAAAUCAUAACAGAAAAGUGGUGUGUGCAUAUGUAUUCGCCCCCUUUGCUAUGAAGCCCCUAAAUAAGAUCUGGUGCAACCAAUUACCUUCAGAAGUCACGUAAUCAGUUAAAUAAAGUCCACCUGUGUGCAAUCUAAGUGUCACAUGUUCUGUCACAUGAUCUCAGUAAAUCUACACCUGUUCUGAAAGGCCCCAGAGUCUGUAACCCCACUAAGCAAGGGGCACCAUGAAGACCAAGGAGCUCUCCAAACAGGUCAGGGACAAAUUACAGAUCAGGGUUGGGUUAUAAAAAAAAGUAUCUGAAACUUUGAACAUCCCACGGAGCACCAUUAAAUCCAUUAUUAACAAAUGUAAAGAAUAUGGCACCACAACAAACCUGCCAAGAGGGGGCUACCCACCAAAACUCCAAGACCAGGCAAGGAGGGCAUUAAUCAGAGGCAACAAAGAGACCAAAGAUAACCCUGAAGGAGCUGCAAAGCUCCACAGCGGAGAUUGGAGUAUCUGUCCGUAGGACACUCCACAGAGCUAGGCUUUAUCGAAGAGUGGCCAGAAAAAAAGCCAUUGCUUAAAGAAAUAAAUAAGAAAACACGUUUGGUGUUCGCCAAAAGGCAUGUGGGAGACUCCCCAAACAUAUGGAAGAAGGUACUCUGGUCAGAUGAGUCCAAAAUUGAGCUUUUUGGCCAUCAAGGAAAAUGUCUGGCGCAAACCCAACACCUCUCAUCACCCCGAGAACACCAUUCCUGCCGAUGAAAAACAUCAAGACUGGGAAACUGGUCAGAAUUGAAGGAAUGAUGGAUGGCGCUAAAAACAGGGACAUUCUUCCAGAGAUUUGAGACAGGGACGGAGGUUCACCUUCCAGCAGGACAAUGACCCUAAGCAUACUGCUAAAGCAACACUCAUGUUGUUUAAGGGGAAACAUUUAAAUGUCUUGGAAAGGCCUAGUCAAAGCCCAGACCUCAAUCCAAUUGAGAAUCUGUGGUGUGACUUAAAGAUUGCUGUACCCCAGAAGAACCCAUCCAAAUUGAAGGAACUGGAGCAGUUUUGCCUUGAAGAAUGGGCAAUAAUCCCAGUGGCUAGAUGUGCCAAGCUUACAGAGACAUACCCCAAGAGACUUGCAGCUGUAAUUGUUGCAAAAGGUGGCUCUACAAAGUAUUGACUUUGGGGGGGUGAAUAGUUAUGCAAGAUCAAGUUGUUGUUUUUUGUCUUAUUUCUUGUUUGUUUCACAAUAAAAAUUAUUUUGCAUUUUCAAAGUGGUAGACAUGUGUAAAUCAAGUGACACAACCCCCCCCCCCAAAAAAAUCUAUAUUAAUUCCAGGUUGUAAGGCAACAAAAUAGGAAACAUUCCAAGGAGGGUGAAUACUUUCGCAAACCCCUGUAUCAAGUUAAUCAACUGAAUGUUCAUGCCCGAAAACAAUCAGUAGAUAACACUAACCAAAAACAAGUAAAUUGUCACAUUUAUUUUUCAACUAUCCAAUAUAAGCAGGGUAAUGUGAAAAAACUGUCCCAAUAACAUACGAAACAACUUUUGAACAAGAGUAUAUACAGAGUGAAGCAUCAUUGAACAAUAUACAUUUAGUGUAUUUACUGCAGCCACAAGUACCAAACAAACUUGUAUAAAACACAAACAAAUAUUGUACAAAUAUUAGAAUUAAGAGAUGCACAUACGAUUAAGAAUAACUCAACUGAAAUGUAGUCAGUGGAUCACCACGUUUUCAUCAACGCUUCAAUGCUAGAGAAACAGUGCCACCUGUGUGCACGAUAUUCAGUAAGUCGCUCUUAUUUUGUUUGAAAAAGGUUUGUUGUCUCAGAAUCACAAUUAUGUAAAGUUGUAUAAAAAACAUCUCUCCUUCAUUCUACAGUAACCGGAUCUAUAUGAGCCCUUGAGUGCAGUUAAACUUGCACUGUAUAACCCAGGCCCUCAGUCAAAAUGUUGGUAUGUUACAUGGUCUGAAACGUAAAACUUUCCCCCGUUUAACUAUUGUCAUUCAUAAGGUUUGGAAGUGAAGCUAAUUUGAAAUAUCAGUCGAACUAUCAGGACACUUUUUUUUUUAUCAAAAUACAAAUUUAUGAAAUCUGACAAAAAAUGAUGGCCAGAUGAAGAUGGAAAAUUACAUGUUUGAGUACAUGCCCUGUUUAAGGGGGCUAAUAAUCACAUUGAGGUACAAUUAUAUUUCAUAUAAUAAAUAUAAUAAUUAUUAAAUAGGUGUAAUAACUCUAAAGCCGGCUGUACACUUAACGAUUUUGGCCACGAUUUAGCUGUCCCAGACAAGUGAGAUCUUUUUCCAAACAUGUCAUUGCACAUCUCACACUACAAGAGAAUUGCAGAUUUUGUGGCAAUCAAAUCCAACCUGGACGUCUGGGACUGCUCGGUAGCCCUCAAAUUGCAUCUUUGACCCACUCACAUUAAGCGAGCGUCAAUGACUUGGUGCUGCCUAUCUUGGCCAGGAAGCUCUUGAAAAAUAGAUUUUAAAUGAGCCCUUCCUGGUUAAGUAAAGGUUAAAUAAAAAAUAAAUCAAAAUGAGUCUCCGAUCUCAAAAACUUGUCUGGGACAGCUAAAUCGAAGGCCAAAAUCGUUUAGUGUCCAUCCGGCUUAAGACGUUGUUUCACUGCUCCGAUGCCUGUUGGUUGCUUGGUGGCUCUGCGGUCUCCUGGCAGACCAUGACCUGGCAUGAGACACUGCUUUGCUUCAUCCGCUGACCAGUCUUACCACAGAAUGUGCUUUGGAAAUCCUGAGGGAGAGGAGAAAGUCACCACGGGAGAAUAGCACUCUAUGGCAGGGUUUCCCAAACUAUGUCCCGGGGCCCCUCCCGUGCACCCAGGGGUGUUUGGGAAACCCUGUUCUAUGGUACCUCAGGACACUACAGCAGCCGCGACACAAAAAAGUGUCUGUUCAGGGCUUGACAUUCACUUUCUUUAGACAAAAGUAGGCCAGAUUUUUGUCCAAAAGCUCAAUUAAUUUGCCCCCCCAAUCAGACACAAAUGUAAGCUACACUCUGCCUAUUGGCUUCUUCGCAUAUUCAAAGCCUGUCUGAAAAUACAACACUGCCCCUUUAAGGGUGGUUGGCCAACCUUGGAAGCCUAUAAAAAAUAUUGGGACAUAAAAAUGACUUUAUAAAAUUACACACAAAGCUCCUCCCCCUGCACUCAGAACAACAAAAGAUGAAAGAUCACUCCUUCCACUCUGACAACAAGCGGUUUCAACUCGCUAUAUGCUUUUUUGUGGUUUGAUCCAAUAGAAUUGCUCAUGUGGACACCAAAACACGUUCAGACGUCAUUUUAAUGUAACAGAGGAUAACAUAACCUUUCUAACAAUACCCUUUGUAUGUCUCACCUCCUCAAACUAAGCAAAGAGCAGACGCCUAAAAUAGAGUAUGAAUGAACAUUGAUUCUGGAAAAUGAAUGCUCAGUUUGUUGCGCACAGCGUUAGCAGCAUUUUAGCCAGACUGUUAGACUAGCUAUCUAGUCUGUGUUUUUAGAAAUGUGAGAAUAAAAAAAACAAGUAUAUAAAGGAAUUGGCAACUCGUUCUCCUUCUGAGAAAUAAGGUAGGCCACUUGAUUUCAACAUCUGAACAAAGUGGACAGGCUAGCGUGCUGUUCAAGCAGUUUGAGGACAGAAGGGUGCAUUCAUAACAAUUAAACUGCUUUACGUUGUUAGCUAGCAAAUACUAGAUCCAAGUUGGCUAGACUUUCAAUAUAAAGAUUAGCUGGCAACUCACUAGCACGUGGGUUUAUAUGCUUGAGAGAUUGUUCAUGAGACCUGUGCUCAUUUUCUACGAUGCCUGCUACCAGAAGUUGGUCAUUAUUAGUGACUGUGCAUUAUGCAUGGUUCUGGUUACAUUUGUAACAAAAAGGGCAUUGUCAUAGACUGACUUGAAAACCAGAUCAGUGAUUAUUGCAACAAAAAAAGCAGGGUACAUUUUGUUGAUAAAGUACAUUAUUCGUGGUGGGUCUUAUAUUGCGGAAGGCUUAUAUUUGGCAAAGUAUAAUUUCACAAGCCCUGAAUUCCUUAGAUUAUUGCUGACUGUUUGAAAUGCAGUGUAUUUGAACGUUAAUUGUACAACAAAGCUUAUUUAAAGAUCAAAUAAAUAAACAGAGAUAUUGUGAGUCGCCCAAAAGAAAUGUAUGAUUUUUUAGGCCAUAUCGCCUAUCUCUACAAUGAGGCUGAUGUAAGAGAUCAGACCGUUUAUCUUAAAAUGUUGAUAGCGUUUUAUUUAUUCAUAUUAUAAGCUCAACAAUGCACACUUGGUUGUAGGCUACGUGGGAAUGUUCUAAAAAUGCAAUUGCGGGAAAACACCAUUCUCAAAAGCGUAAGAGUGAGGGAUUUCAUGUGACAAAGAUGAAAAUAUCAGUUGGAAAUGAAGAAAGAGGGGAGCUCUAAAGAUGUAUCAACUAGCAUGGGUUACUGACCAUGCAUUCGGGAAAGGAUUCCGACCCCUUGGUUUUUUCCACAUUUAGGGCACACACCUGUCUAUAUAAGUUCCAAAGGGUUGACAGUGCAUGUCAGAGCAAAAACCAAGCCACCAUGUCGAAGGAAUUGUCCGCAGAGCGCCUAGACAGGAUUGAGUAAAGGGUCUGAAUACUUAUGUAAAUGUGAUAUUUCAUUUUAUAUAUAUAUAUAUAUAAAAGAAUCACUCAGCAAAAAAAGAAACGUCCCUUUUUCAGGACCCUGUCUUUCAAAGAUAAUUUGCAAAAAUCCAAAUAACUUCACAGAUCUUCAUUGUAAAGGGUUUAAACACUGUUUCCCAUGCAACACCAAAAGAAAGAUGUCCAGGGUCCCUGCUCCUCUGCAUGAACGUGCCUUAGGCAUGCUGCAAGGAGGCCUGAGGACUGCAGAUGUGGCCAGGGCAAUAAAUAGCAAUGUCCAUACUGUGAGACACCUAAGACAGUGCUACAGGGAGACAGGACGGACAGCUGAUCGUCCUCGCAGUGGCAGACCACGUGUAACAACACCUGCACAUGAUCGGUACAUCCGAACAUCACACAUGCGGGACAGGUACAGGAUGGCAACAACUGACCAAGUUACACCAGGAACGCACAAUCCCUCCUUGUAGGCCUGUUGUAAAUGCAGGUCCUCACCAGACAUCACCGGCAACAACGUCGCCUAUGGGCACAAACCCACCGUCUCUGGACCAGACAGAACUGGCAAAAAGUGCUCUUCACUGACGAGUCGCGGUUUGUCUCACCAGGGGUGAUGGUCGGAUUUGCGCUUAUUGUCGAAGGAAUGAGCAUUACACCGAGGCCUGUACUCUGGAGCGGGAUCGAUUUGGAGGUGGAGGGUCCGUCAUGGUCUGGGGCGAUGUGUCACAGCAUCAUCGGACUGAGCUUGUUGUUAUUGCAGGCAAUCUCAACGAUGUGCGUUACAGGGAAGACAUCCUCCUCCCUCAUGUGGUUCCCUUCCUGUAGGCUCAUCCUGACAUGACCCUCCAGCAUGACAAUGCCACCAGCCAUGCUGCUCGUUCUCUGUGUGAUUUCCUGCAAGACAGGAAUAUCAGUGUUCUGCCAUGGCCAGUGAAGAGCCCGGAUCUCAAUCCCAUUGAGCACGUCUGGGACCUGUUGGAUCGGAGGGUGAGGGCUAGGGCCAUUCCCCCCUAGAAAUGUCCGGGAACUUGCAGGUGCCUUGGUGGAAGAGUGGGGUAACAUCUCACAGCACCCCCCCCCCACCCCUUUGUUCAGGGACACAUUAUUAAAUUUCUGUUAGUCACAUGUCUGUGGAACUUGUUCAGUUUAUUGUCUCAGUUGUUGAAUCUUGUUAUGUUCACACAAAUAUUUACACAUGUUAAGUUUGCUGAAAAUAAAUGCAGUUGACAGUGAGGGGACGUUCCUUUUUUUGUUGUUGCUGAGUUUAGUUAUGUUUUGUAGGCAGUGCUUAAUUUGAGCCAGAGCCUGUCGGAACAGGAUCCCGCACCUCUCAGUUUUGGACUGUUUCGUGCUGGAACCUAUUUUCCCAGAUCUGGUACAUCUCCUGACAUGACAAAUAAUUUUCACUGUUUGCAAUGUAAAACUUCCUUUGAAAGCGAUUAGCGUUUAUUCGACUGGCCUCCUCUGUAAUGUUCCUGCCUCCUUAAUAAACGUAAUGUGAAAACGUG